CAACGGAUGCCGUAGACGAAAACAUGGCGACCGUUUUGCUGGUUGGCCGUCCUGCGAGUGUCCUUCCGAAAAUUACGAAGGGUAGCUGUCCUCCCGCUGUGUUGUCAGCCUCUGGCUUGGGCCCAGUUCAGCAGAGGAAGGUGCACCAUGCUGUCAUCCCCAAAGGCAAGGGAGGCCGCUCGUCGUCCAGUGGCAUCGCCGCCACCGUGUUUGGCGCUACCGGCUUCCUGGGGCGAUAUGUGGUCAAUCGGCUAGGUCGGAUUGGCUCUCAGAUCAUAGUCCCUCAUCGCUGUGAUCAGUAUGACACCAUGUAUUUCAAGCCUAUGGGGGACCUCGGACAAAUCAUUUUUAUGGAGUGGGAUGCCAAGAACAAAGACUCCAUUAAACGAGCUUUGGAGCACUCCAACGUUGUCAUCAAUCUUGUGGGUAAAGAGUGGGAAACAAGGAACUUCCCAUUUGAGGAGGUCUUUGUGAGCAUUCCUCAGCAGAUCGCCGAGGCAACCAGAGAGGCUGGCAUUACUAAGUUCAUUCACAUGUCUCACCUCAACGCUGACAUCCGCAGCUCGUCCAAAUACCUGAGGAACAAGGCUGUGGGAGAGACGGCAGUGAGAGAUAAGUUUUCUGAUGCUAUCAUCAUGAAGCCCUCAGAGAUGUUUGGGAAGGAAGACAGGUUCUUCAACUACUACGCAAACAUGCGUUGGUUUGGCAAUGCCAUUCCGCUCAUCAGCCUUGGGAAGAAAACUGUCAAGCAGCCGAUUCACGUUGUCGACGUGGCAAAGGCCAUCAUCAGCGCAGUCAGAGACCCAGAGGCCAAUGGCAAGACGUACGCAUUAGUCGGUCCCAACCGGUACCUGCUCCACGACCUGGUGGAGUACAUUUACGCCGUCGCUCACAGACCCUUUGUGCCCUAUCCACUCCCCCGCCCACUCUUUCACCUGGCCGCUCAGUUCUUUGCAUUGAACCCAUUUGAGCCUUGGACAACCCCAGAUAAAGUAGAAAGGUUUCACACAACUGACAUGAAGUACCCAGGACUCCCUGGUCUAGAGGAUCUUGGUAUCAGUCCCUCCACCGUCGAGCAAAGGGCGAUUGAGAUUCUGAGGCGCCAUCGCCGAUUCCGUUUCCUGGAAGCUGAUCUAGAUGCAACCAAGCCAGCAAAAACCGUCAACUAUUAAAGUCCUAAAUUAGUGGCUUAUUGUCACUUCAGAAUGCUUUAGCUAUUCUGUAUGUAAAUAAAAAAAAUACUUGUAUCCUUAAAAA